GAACAGUUCGUUUGUGUUUUUCAAAAAUCUCCCGAACUUUUACUUUCAUUUGACAUCUGAUUAGCCAAAUGUCACAUCGAGGGGUAGAAAGUUUUGUUCGGAACUUGAAAUGCAAAGAAUUCGGUGUUGUCGUGGGAGAUAGAUAAAUAGACUAGACUAAUUAUUCUAAUAACGAUGACAUUGUGACGUGUAGUGGAACGUGCGUGUAUCCCCGUGCCCCGUGCCGCUGCUGUUGCAAACGCAUUGGCACACUGGAAGCACCUUGCCUUGAAAAGCAGCCCUUUAUUGAUCGGGAGAAGUGUUCUCUCCUGAGGCGGAGACGUCGCCUCAGAUGAAGCAAUUCAGCAGCUCUAUCGCGUCGUCGUCCUCGUCGUCAUCAUCCUUGCCGUACACUAGUUUGGGGUCGGGGAAAACCACUUCCAAGCAGUCGUCCGGCUCCACCAUCAUCGACACAGGGAUGUAUCUGCGUGAUUGGCGGAAAGCGCUUCGUUCGCCUCCUUCGUACAGGAUAGGAAACAGAACGAUACGCUUGCAGGUGCACUUUACCUGGGUGCUAGCGAUACUGUGUGCAUUCCUGCUGUUGGUGCUGUACAUCUCAUCCAGCCCGUCGCCAUUAAUCAGUGACGCACCAGCGCCCACAAACAGCUUUCUGCGAAAUUCGGUCAUAGUGUACAACCACACGUACCCGUUGACCAGUCCGAUCAUAAGUAGCGGCAUAUAUUCGUUCCGGAUAGGAAUUAUAGCCGAUCUCGAUACCAGCUCGGCACUGAAGAAGAAUCAAUGGGGAAGCUACUAUCUGAAGGGCUAUCUCAGCUUCAUUCCAUCGAAACGAUCGCUCACCGUGUCCUGGGACGAUGGUGAACCGAAGGCACUACAAUCGGGUUUCUCGUUGAAAGGCCGAGGGAUGGAGCUGUCCGAGUUGGUCGUGUUUAACGGCAAGCUGUUAUCGUUUGACGAUCGUACGGGGUUGGUGUACGAAAUCGAGGGCGAGAAGGUGCUACCCUGGGUGCUGUUGAUGGACGGCGAUGGCCGUACGACGAAGGGCUUCAAAGCGGAGUGGGCCACCGUGAAGGAUCAGGUGCUGUACGUCGGUUCGAUGGGCAAAGAGUGGACGACAUCGGCAGGGGAUUUCGAAACGAACGAUCCCAUGUACGUGAAGGCGGUCACGGUACACGGAGAGGUGUAUCACUUAAAUUGGGUCAACAACUACAAAGCCAUCCGUAAGUCGAUCGGCAUCGAAUGGCCUGGGUAUAUGAUUCACGAAUCUGGCGCUUGGUCGGAAGUGCACAGGCGAUGGUUCUUCCUGCCAAGGCGCUGUUCCCGGGAGCGGUACAAUGAAACGCGGGACGAACACAUGGGUUGCAACUUUCUCAUAUCGAGUGACGAAACGUUCCAAAGUAUUCGCGCGAUCGAACUCCGUCGGAACAAUGUGCCAUCGACGCACGGGUACUCGAGCUUUAAGUUUCUGCCUACGAGCAACGAUGAAAUAAUCGUUGCUCUCGCGACGGAAGAGCUGAACGGCAAAACGUCCAGCUUUAUCAGUGCGUUCACCAUCGAAGGAGAGCAGCUGAUGGUGGAAACACGCAUUAACACCGAGUACAAGUACGAAGGACUAGAGUUUAUCUAGAGUUCCCGCCGAAAAGGGCGGUAAGGGUAAUUCCAUGCAUGUACAUAGCCGUUGUCUGUAUUCUCAACCCGUUAGCAGCUAGUUAGACAAUGAUCCUUCUUGAUCCUACCAACCGAUAACGCUUCUUGGCUAGAGCAUUUCACAUAAAAACGAACGGAGAGAACGAUGAUCUAUGAAACAAUGGAGAGUAUUAAGUUUUGCGGUUAUCAAGAAGCGUUAAAUGCCAAACUUUAUCAUCACUCUGUUCCGUAGCAAUUCUUUCGUACAGCAAGCGGACACGAACGGCGUCAUGUGUAUAUCCGCUCCGUGGAAGGAUAACAAAGCAUGGCGUCUGUUUAGCCGAAGAACCCAUCCGUUGUGAUAUAGUAUUUCAGUGUUGUUCUUUGUACAGCUAUUUUAGUUUAAAAUAAAUGCAACCAUGUCGCUCCGAUA